UCGAUGCGAGAUCUCCAGGGGCAUAUUAAAUUUGCGAAAAUUAUUCUGAUCCCUACAUUUUUUAUUUUUGUAUCACUUGCGCGGCGCCUCACCGAGCCGAAAACCGGAGUUCCUGAGACGAUGCUGAGAAUCACGGAAAAACGAAGACGACGACAAGGAUAGAGGCGAGGAAGCGGACGACGAGAAACGGAUCUCGGUGGUGCUUGCGGGCCGCCAAAAGCAGGGGAGCGCGAGAGGACACGCGCGCGGCGGCGAAACACAGCGGCGGGCGGAUCCGUAACGGCAGGGCCCCGGGACGCCAGGGCAAAAUCAGCUCACCUGCCCUCCUCACCCUACUGACCGGAUUCCGGGAUGGUUGGCAACCAUUUUUGGACCGACAAAGAGGAACGCGGAGGCAAUCACGUCCCGUCCGCUAUCGGGAAGGAUCCUGGAAAAAUCGCCGCGCGAACGAGGGACCGUUUGGCGCCCUGCGAAAAACCGUGAUUAACGGCCCUACGCAAGAAUCCACCGCGAGCCUGCGAGCUCACCCCUGAUUGGUCCGCGCUAUAGCGUCGCGGGGUCGCGUACGCCCGGGGAGGGGUACGCUAUCGAUUCCGCCAUCGAGCGAAAUUUCGGGAGCAUUCUUGGCUCGUCCUCGAUUUCCGACGCACGCACGCCUACGUGGCGGUACUCUAUUGCGCACUUGAGUCGCACUUACAGUUUCUCGUACGAAUACUGGCAGCUAUUCUUCCGAUCCUUGGGACGACGGCGAGGAGCCUCGCGAGAGAGAAUCAACCAACGAUUAUCCAAAGAAAACAAUCGAAAUCAUGAAUGGCAUAGAAGCAUGUAGCUCCUGGAACGGUAUUGACUCUGGCGAGGAGAUCGUUAUUUCUGGUAUUGCUGGUAGAUUUCCGGAUUCAGAUAAUAUGAAUCAAUUACGAGAAAAUCUAUUUAAUAAAAAAGAUCUUGUUAGAGCUGAUCAUGGACGAUGGAAGAGAGAUCAUCCAGACGCGCGCGUACCAAACCGUAUGGGAAUAGUUAAUAAUUUGAACAAGUUUGAUGCGGAUUUCUUCGGAUUAUCUUUCGAGCAAGCGCACACACUCGGACUUGAGGCGAGAAUAUUACUGGAACAUUCUUAUGAGGCAAUUAUCGACGCGGGGAUUAAUCCGAAGCAAUUGCGAGGAAAGAAUACUGCCGUGAUCAUAGCGGCAUCUUUUUCUGAAACGCAAGCUAAAUUUUUGUAUGAGGAUCUUGAGAUGGAUGGUCUGAAUCUUAUUGGAUGUACCAGAUCUACAACAGCAAACAUGAUUUCGUACCAUUUGGAUCUGAAGGGACCAUCGUAUACAAUCGAUUCAGCUUGCAGCUCUAGUCUUUAUGCCAUGGCUGUUGGUUAUCAUUAUAUCAUAUCGGGCAAAUGUGAAGAUGCGAUAAUUGGGGCUGCACAAUUAUGUCUCAAUUCAAUUAUAAACCUGCAGUUCGCUCGUCUUGAUGCGCGUAACAGACAAGGGCGGUGGUUAAAUUUCUUAUCGUGGAAGAAGUGAGUUCCAAUGGCUGCGUUCAGCGGAGAAAGCAGUUCAAUGCGCGCUCAAUGAUUCUUUAUUAUGAUUGCUUUCUACACUUGGAUCCAGGGAAGAACUAAAGGCAAGGUCCAACCAUUUAAAAAAAUUACUGAUUGCUCGCUAAAUUGCUCUUUCUGCUGCACGCGCGCAGCCAUUGAAAUUCAUUCGCGUCUCAGAAAUGUUUAUGAUAACACCGUUUCUGAAAUACAAAUAGAUUUCAAUGGGACUCAUUUCUUCCACGGUAAGAAAUUCAAUCACCGACCUUGUCUGUUACGCGUAUUUAAAAUACACACCAGUUUGAAUUAUUCGUGUGACACACAAACAUAAACUGAUCACAACACUACUCAACAUAACAUAACUAGAGAUUUCAAGUAACAACUUAGUAAAAUGCAAAAUUUUCUAUGGCGCCAGAUUUGAAAGAAAAAAAAUUAAAAGGCAUUACUUUCGUACCGAUCCACAUAUGUAUAUAUGUAUACAUAUAUUGAGAGAUGUAUACUGUUUUUGGAUGGUAAUGAAUGCACUCACAAUGGAUAUCAAUCUAUAAUUCGCUUUAUUGCACAGACUUCGCGCGCUUUCGUUACAUGCUCUUCCGCCAUUAUUACUAUUCUGUCCUUCUUUCCUAUACUCUAGCCUCGACUCCCUACACUAUAGCCUCGACUCCCUACACUCUAGCCUCGACUUCCUGCACUCUGCGCAAAUUGAACAAACUCUCGCGAACAUCUGUCGCCCCCUUGAAAGGACUAUCUUUCAACAAAAUCUGCGUUAAACAAUUUAGAUGUUAUUGUAGUAAAUAUUGAUCUUAGAACUAUCAAAAUUAAAUCAAACUGCAAGAUUAUUGCCUGUAUGUAAACUAAAUCAACUAAAUGCUAUAAAUCGUUAAAUAAAUGUAACUCAAAAUCUGCUAAUAAAUGUCUUAAUACUAAUAUAAGUU